CAUUUUUCUCCCCAUGGGGGAAACGGCUCCAUCCUGUGGCCGAAUCUCACAGCAGAUGUUCGGGUCAGGAUGGCGUUAGCCAACAAUCCUCCAGUUUCAGGGCCGCGAUGGAGGAAACAAGGCAGCGGCCAUUUUGAAGUUGGGCAGUUAAACAGCUGGAAAAACUUGAGCUUCUGACGUUGUUUUCUUCUUCGUGCUGCAUGUUUUUUGUGGUCGCUGUGCUAAACGAUGCCUCCAAACAAAUGUUGACAUCUCAAGAACCAUAAAAGCUGAUACACCUGAUCCUGUAUCCAUGGCAACAGUAAACAGGUGUAUCACCGUUCCUCACAGCGGCUCUGAUGGAAAAUUCACAGCAAACAUCUGAACCCGUCAACUUUGUUCAUCAGGAUGAAAUCUGGAAGGCUCAUAUAAAAAUUGAGAAGGAUUCUGGAGAAUCGUGGAGUAAAAACUGGGGCUUCCUGUCUGAAGCCUAUAAGGAGUACGAGAUGAAGAGUGUGAAGCUGAAGACAGGACUGAAAACAGAGCUCCACCCUGAGCUGACGAUUCGACCUUUGACCCCUCCACAAAGACACAUCCAGGUCGGCUCUUCCUCUGCCGUCCCUCUGACCUCUCAGCGUUUCAUCGGAUGGCGUUCUGGAUCGUCGGGCCUCCACCUGGAAAAGUACAGCGCAAUGCAUCAUGGGAGGCGUAGUUUCCUGAAGGAUUUGGUUGGUCUCUAGAUGCUUGCAGCUGAGUCUGAUACAGUAAAUAAUAAUAAUAAUAAUAAUAAUAAUAAUAAUCAUAACUUAGGAUGUUGGUGAA